UGUACUCCGAACCGGCCCAGCGGUGGCCAAACCGGCCCGGGCACAACUACAAGGCGUGCGGUCGAAGAAAGAAAUUGAUGAAACGGCGGCUGAGGCCGCAAGCUUCUCACUGGCCGCAAGCAAACCGAACGAACCCAACCGAAGCGAGAGCUGAGCAAGGCAGAGGCGUCGUGACCGGCGAUGGAGCGGCUGCAGCGGAUCUUUGGCGCCUCCGGCAUGGGGCAGCCGCCGACGGACUCGCCGCUGCUCGAUUCCUCCGAGCAGGUCUACAUCUCCUCCCUAGCGCUUCUCAAGAUGCUCAAGCACGGGAGGGCUGGGGUGCCCAUGGAGGUCAUGGGCCUCAUGCUCGGCGAGUUCGUUGACGACUACACCGUCAGGGUCGUCGACGUCUUCGCCAUGCCGCAGAGCGGGACUGGUGUCAGCGUCGAGGCCGUCGACCACGUCUUCCAGACAAACAUGCUUGACAUGCUUAAGCAGACCGGCAGGCCAGAAAUGGUUGUAGGUUGGUAUCACUCACAUCCUGGCUUCGGAUGCUGGCUAUCAGGCGUCGAUAUCAAUACUCAGCAGAGUUUUGAAGCUUUGAACCCUAGAGCCGUUGCUGUUGUGAUAGACCCCAUCCAGAGUGUGAAGGGGAAGGUGGUUAUUGAUGCAUUCCGCCUCAUUAAUCCUCAGACCAUGAUGCUUGGCCAGGAGCCACGUCAGACAACAUCAAAUGUUGGGCACCUAAAUAAGCCAUCUAUUCAGGCUCUUAUCCAUGGGUUGAAUAGACACUACUAUUCAAUUGCAAUCAAUUACCGGAAAAAUGAGCUUGAGGAGAAAAUGCUGUUGAACUUGCACAAAAAGAAAUGGACCGAUGGGCUAAUUUUGAAGAGGUUUGACACUCACUCGAAAACCAACGAGCAGACUGUCCAGGAAAUGCUAAACCUAGCCAUAAAGUACAACAAGGCAGUGCAGGAGGAGGACGAACUGCCACCUGAGAAACUUGCGAUAGCAAAUGUGGGUCGGCAAGAUGCAAAAAAGCAUUUGGAAGAGCAUGUGUCGAAUUUGAUGUCAUCAAACAUAGUUCAGACCCUAGGAACCAUGCUCGACACGGUUGUCUUUUAGUCUACUAAUAAUAUUGUUGUCCCAAACUGAAACAUAGCCACACUAUGGAAGCAUGACACAUGCAAUGAGCUUGAGGCCAGAUACAUUUUGGUUCUAAGGUUUGUUUAUGAAUGGAUUUGUCUACAUUUCAUUGUCGUUAAACUUCCUGCCUUUUCUAUCAAAGCUUCAGUGCGUUCUAGUUAUGUUUAAGCCAAGGUGGCUCCAGAUGUCAGUUGGGAUGUCAUUGCCCUGGGAGAACUGUGUAAUGUGAUUAUGACCUGUGGCAGAUAACUUAUUUUGUUUCUUCUACAUGCA